CCCUCCUCCUCCCUUCUCCCUGAUCACAUCCCCAUUUUGCCUCUCCUCCGGUCUACACACACACACACACUCACGCAUCCUUCCGAUCUUACAUUUGCUCUGGAAAUCAGGGAGGAAUCCACCUUACACCGGCGAGGAAGAAGUUCCGAGCAAAGAGAGAUGGAGGCAGUGGAAGGCAAUGGAGGAGGGAGCGGCCUGGUGGUGACGGAGCUGAGCCACAUCAAGGAGCUGGUGAAGCAGCUGGACGUGCACCUGGGAGGCUCGCCGGGCCUCUGCAAGCACCUCGCCCAGCAGAUCUUCGCCGUCACCGAGAAGUCCAUCGGCAUCAUCAGGUCCGGCCACUUCAACUGCCCCAAGCGCUCGGCCGCCGGCGCCGGCCUCGACUCGCCGCCGCUGUCCGCGACGCCCAGCCCCGUCAGCGGCGUCUCCAACACGCCGUUCAAGCCCAACAAGAAGAGGAAGACGUCGGAGAAAGGGCGGCAUCAGAUCAGGGUGAGCUCGGCGGGAGGAGGAGCGGACGCCCCGGCCGACGACGGCCACAGCUGGAGGAAGUACGGCCAGAAGGACAUCCUCGGAGCCCAUCACCCAAGGGCGUACUACCGUUGCACGUACCAGAAGACCCAGGGAUGCGCGGCGACGAAGCAGGUGCAGCGCGCCGACGAGGACCCGGCGCUCUUCGACGUGAUCUACCACGGCGAGCACACCUGCCUUCACAAGACGGCGGCGGCCAUGGUGCAGCCGGACGGGCAGAACCAGGACGCGCAGAGCCUUCUGCAGAACCUGAGCUCGAGCCUGACGGUGAAGACCGAGGGGCUCAUCGCGGCGGGAACGCAGGGCUGGAGCACCACCACGCCCUUCAGUUUCUCCUCGCCGGCCGUGAGCGGCAUGACGCCGCCGGAGCACCACCCGUUCUCCGCGCCGUCGACGCCGGAGAACUGCUUCGUGUCGAUGCCCACGUCCCUCGAACCCUCGCCGGCGACCUCGGGCUCGAACCACAUGUGUUUCAACCCGUUCCAGGCGCAGUCUGAGCUCCAGACAAUGGUGUCUGCGCUCGUGGAAGCCACGAGCAUGCCGCCGGCCGACACGGAGGAGGCCGGCUUCGCCUACUGGAGCUUCGACGAUUCUGCCUUGGACGUCAACAGCUUCGACGAGGACGUUACCAACUUCGACAUUUCUGCCUUCUUAGCAUCAGACGUUUGAAAAAAGAGAGAAUGCAACCCAAAAAAAAAAAAAAAACAGAGAAGAUGAGCAGUAGUAGAGAUUAGAGAAGCAGCUGGAGGUGACUGGCCACCCUCUUGAGUUCUGGCAUUUGUCCAGGGACAGAGGAGGGAAGAACACGCCGGUUCUUCCUCAGUUCAGGUCUAAAUUUAGGACAUAAGAUUAGUGCCUCCUCCUUCACCCCAAUUCUUUUUUCCCGGUUUCCUUUUUGCCACCAAGGCGUUGCAUUGUAUUAUAUUGUUUAUUAUGUCAAGGAAAAUAAAAAUCUGUCAUUGCUGUUCUGCA